GCAGGCAGCGGUUCCAUGAUGUCCGCCUCCCAACCUGCCCAGACCACGAGACGAUAUUUAUUGUGUCGCGUGCACUGUUUCAUCUUAUUUAUUGAAUCAUAAUCUAAUUUAUUUCAUUUCUGUACUGUCUCCGCCCGCUUUGUUUGGCGACCGAGCAGUUUGUCUUGUGAUUGUUCUCGGUUCACUCUCAUGGCGGAGACUAAAAUCAUUUACCACAUAGACGAGGAGGAAACUCCUUAUUUAGUCAAAUUGUCAAUUGCACCUGACAAAGUCACGUUGGCGGAUUUUAAAAAUGUCCUCAGCAACCGUUCGGUCAACAGCUACAAAUUCUUUUUCAAAUCCAUGGAUCAAGAUUUCGGGGUCGUCAAGGAAGAGAUCUCAGAUGACAAUGCAAAGCUCCCAUGCUUCAAUGGCAGAGUGGUGUCUUGGCUGAUCCUGGCGGAGAGCUCCUACUCUGACGGAGUGUCCAUGUGUACAGAGAGCCACCCAGAGCUGCCGCCCCCCCUCGAGAGAACCGGAGGCAUCGGAGACUCCAGACCCCCCUCUUUUCACGCACACGCGGUGAGCAGCAGAGAGGGGGUGGACACAGAGACGGCCAGCGAGUCCCUCCUGAGCCACCGUAGGGAGCGGGAGACAGAGAAGGCCAGACGCAGAAGAGAGGAGUUGAGCAUGGUCGGUGCGACUCUGUUGGAGUGUCUCGGUGUGAACCAACAGCUGCACACACACCCAGCAGUCCAGCGAUGUCUCCGCCUUCCCAGGGCCUUCCAGCCAAUCCGAUGCCACCCUGAGCCCAAGCCCCGCCCCAAAUCUUUCCCACAUGUGAACGGUCACUCUAAGGGAGAGAGUGUGGCCAGAGACUCAGCGAUGGGGUGUGACAGCGGCUCCGUUAUGAGCAGUGAGCUCGAGUCCAGCUCCUUCAUGGACAGUGAGGAGGAGGACGCUAGCAGACUCAGCAGUUCCACAGAGAAGAGUUCCUCUUCACAGCUCAUGAGGCGACACCAACGCAAACGGCGACGACAGAAAGUCAACAAGAUAGACCGGUCGUCGUCCUUCAGCAGCAUCACAGACUCUACUAUGAGCCUCAAUAUCAUCACCGUCACACUCAACAUGGAGAAGUAUCACUUCCUGGGCAUCAGCAUCGUUGGUCAGAGUAAUGACCGAGGCGACGGAGGGAUCUACAUCGGCUCCAUCAUGAAGGGCGGGGCAGUCGCUGCUGAUGCUCGCAUCGAACCUGGAGACAUGCUCCUACAGGUAAAUGAUGUGAAUUUUGAGAACAUGAGUAAUGAUGAUGCAGUCAGAGUACUCCGAGAGAUCGUCUCCAAGCCCGGACCUAUCAGCCUAACAGUGGCUAAAUGCUGGGAUCCUUCUCCCCGUAGUUACUUUACCAUACCACACACUGAACCGGUACGGCCCAUAGACCCAGCUGCCUGGAUUUCCCACACCACGGCACUGACCGGCUCCUUCCCCCAAUACGAGUUUGAUGACCUGCCCCUUACCGUGGGGAAGACGGACAUGGCAACCAUCGUCAAGGUGAUGCAGCUCCCCGGGUCUGGUCUGGACAUACGAGACCGCAUGUGGCUCAAGAUCACCAUCAGCAACGCUGCCAUCGGAGCUGAGGUGGUGGACUGGUUGUACUCUCGUGUGGAGGGCUUUAAGGAUCGCCGUGACGCUCGUAAAUACGCCAGCAGCCUCCUGAAGCACGGCUACCUACGACACACCGUCAACAAGAUCACCUUCUCCGACCAGUGUUACUACACCUUUGGAGACCUCUGUCAGAACAUGGCCUCUCUGAAUCUGAAUGAGGGGUCCGGUGGGGGGGUCUCCGGUGGGGGGGUCGCACAGCAGGACAUCCUGCCCCCCCUCCCCCCUCCCUCCUCCAACCCGUGGCCCCUGGGGGGGCAGCCGGCCCCCUACCCACCGCACUCCACAGCGCCCUCUGGCCUCCCCCCUGGGUACUGCAUCCACAGCAGCAGUGCAGGCAGCCACAACAGUGAGGGAAGUCGAAGCAGCGGCUCCAACCCCAGUGUGGGGAAGAGCCAGCGUCUGUUGCCAAGGGAACGGACCCGCAGGUUGCCAGGCAGCGGCAGAGGCAGCGAAUCAGAGGCCGGCACACAGGAAGAUGGGGGGAGGAGCAACCGCUCAGCCAGUCAGAUGAGCCAUAGCAGCCACACACUAAGCCACACCCACUCUGUACAUAGCCACUCCCAUUCUGUACAUAGCCACUCCCAUUCUGUGCGUAGCCACACCCACUCUGCCCACAGUCGGCCCCGCUCCUCAAAUAGCCACUCCCAGUCUCAUCGGAGCCACUCCCACUCCCGCCGGAGCCACACCUCCUAUGCCCGUGGCCACUCCCCUUUCUCCAGACACGCCUCUGUUGCCCCUAGUGACCACAGCCACGCCUCUUCCUGUGGUGCUCCCGGCCUGCCCCCACCCUACAGCCUGUCACGGCACACACACACGCACACACACACGCAUGCUCGCGCUCACACACACACACACACACACACGCGUCCACCUAAGGGCCCCGUGUUCAGUGGCCCCCCUGGAGCCCCGCCCACCCAGGAGCUGCUCUGUCUUCCCCCUGAGCUCACAGCCAGCCGCCAAUCAUUCCAGCGCGCCAUGGGCAACCCAUGUGAGGUGUUCGUGGAUAUCAUGUGACCUGGCUGAGACCACACACACACACACACACACACAGACACAGGGCUGAGACCACACACACACACACACACACACAGACACACACACACACACGCACACACACACACACACACACACACACACACAC